CCUUCAGUUCAGGCUCAGUAAGGGGCUAGUUGCCUGCAUGAGUGCGAGCUCUGUGUAACUGUGGAUUAUACUUCCCAAGGUUUACUGCCGUCAUUCAGGGGCUGGAUGGCGUGGGACAUGUGCAACCAGGACUCUGUAUGGAGUGACAUAGAGUGUGCUGCGUUGGUUGGUGAAGACCAGCCUCUUUGCCCAGAUCUCCCGGAACUUGAUCUCUCUGAACUUGAUGUCAAUGAUUUGGAUGCAGACAGCUUUUUGGGUGGACUAAAGUGGUACAGCGACCAAUCAGAAAACAUUUCCAAUCAGUACAGCAGUGAAUCGUCAAACAUAUUUGAGAAGAUAGAUGAAGAAAAUGAAGAGAAUUUGCUAGCAGUUCUUACAGAGACCCUGGACAGUCUCCCUGUGGAUGAGGAUGGAUUGCCUUCAUUUGAUGCACUGACAGAUGGAGAUGUGACCAACGAACAUGAUCCUAGCCUUUCAUCUAUGCCUGACGGCGCCCCUCCAACUCAGGAGGCAGAAGAGCCGUCACUACUUAAGAAGCUGUUAUUGGCGCCAGCAAACACACAGCUGAUUUAUAAUGAAUUCAUUGGCCUCAGUGCGCAACACAAUGCACAGCCUAAUCACAGGAUCAGAACAAGCUCGACAGGGGCUAAGGCUGAGAAUACAUGGAGCUGUAAACCGAAGAGCAUUUGUCAACUCCAGAAACCACAAAGACGUCCUUGCUCAGAGCUUCUUAAAUACCUGACUGCAAAUGACGACACGCCUCAGACCAAAUUUACAGAGAACAGGAAUAAUAACAGGCACGAGAAAUGCAGCACCAAAAAGAAGCCCUAUUUGCACCCCCAGACUCAUUUUCAAGCCAAGUCGACAAGCCUUUCACUCCCUUUGACGCCUGAGUCACCAAAUGAUCCCAAGGGUUCCCCAUUUGAGAGCAAGACUAUUGAACGAACCUUAAGUGUGGAGCUCUCUGGAACUGCAGGACUAACUCCACCAACAACCCCUCCCCACAAAGCCAACCAAGAUAAUCCUUUCAGCACUUCUCCGAAACCGAAAGCAUCUUGCAAGGCUGCUGUGCCACCUGCUAAAAAGUCACGUUUCAUUGAGUCUUCCAGUAUUCAAGUUAUUAACGCUUCAAAGAAAGGUCCAGAACAAUCAGAACUGUAUGCACAGCUUAGCAAAACCUCAGUGGUAACUGGGCAAGAAGAGAAAAAAGGAAAACGACCCAGCUUACGACUUUUUGGUGAUCAUGACUACUGUCAAUUCAUGAAUUCCAAAUCGGAAAUUCAUAUUAGCUUAUCACAAGAAUUGCAGGCCUCAAGACAAAUUGAAUGUAAGGAUUCUUUGCCUGGAAAAAAAUUGCAAAUCUGUCCUCAAACAGAUCAAAAGCAAAAAGAUAAAUUUCAGGCAAACAUGCCAUGUACUCUGAAUAGCAAUAGAAAACUGCUUCAAGACCAGGAAAUUCGGGAUGAACUCAACAGGCACUUUGGUCACCCAACACAAGCAGUCUAUGAUGAAGAAACCAAAACAAGUAAAUUGAGAGACAAAGAUUAUAAUGAUGAUCAUUUUUCUAGAUUGCCUAUGUUUUUUACGUCUGGACUUGGAAUGGACAGUUUGUUAGAUGACAGUGAGGAUGAAAAUGAGAAACUGUACAAUACUUGGGAUGGAACACAAUCCUAUUCAUUAUUUGAUGUUUCACCAUCUUGCUCAACUUUUAAUUCUCCAUGCAGAUAUUCUGUAUCACCACCAACAUCCUUAUUUUCUCAAAAAUCAGAAAGAAUAAGUUCCAGAUCAAGGUCAAGAUCAUUUUCUCAACACAGAUCAUGUUCUCGUUCUCCAAAUUCUCGUUCAAGAUCCAGAUCACCAUCAAGCAGAUCCUCAUCAGGAUCUUGCUGCUGCUACGAGACUGAUCAUUGUAGGCAAAGAAAUUCUCCAAUUUAUACACGAUCGCGGUCAAGGUCACCAUACGGUCGUAGACCAAGAUAUGACAGUUAUGAGGAAUAUCAACAUGAAAGGCUGAAGAGGGAGGAAUAUCGCAAGGAGUAUGAAAAACGUGAAUCCGAAAGAGCAAAACAAAGGGAGAGACAAAGGCAAAAAGCAAUAGAAGAACGGCGAGUAAUUUAUGUUGGAAAAAUGAGGCCCAAUGUAACUCGUACAGAACUACGAUCUCGGUUUCAAGUGUUUGGUGAAAUUGAGGAAUGCACUGUAAAUCUGAGGAAUGAUGGAGAUUGUUACGGUUUCAUCACCUACCGAUAUACCUGUGAUGCUUUUGCUGCUCUUGAGAAUGGAUACACUCUGCGCCGUUCAAAUGAACCCGACUUUGAGCUUUGCUUUUGUGAACUAAAGCAGUUUUGCAAGUCCAACUAUGCAGACUUAGAUUCAAAUUCAGAUGACUUCGAUCCUGCUUCCACUAAAAGCAAAUAUGACUCCAUGGAUUUUGACAGUUUGCUCAAAGAGGCACAGAUUAGCCUACGAAGGUAACAUGCAUCAACGCCAAUCUUAAUGGAAAAAUGGAGAAUACCUCACGGACAUUAUGUCCUUCAAUAACAGACUCUUGAAAGUCAAACCUAGGAAUUUCUCCUACUUUACACUCUAUUCUAAAAAAGGUUUACAUGAACACAGCUGCUGAAGACUGAAGAGGCAUCAAGUGAUAGACAGACAAACUUACGUCUCCAUGGGUGUCAGAAGUUUUGCUUUCAUGAUGGUGGUUGUGGCCUUUACACAAUAGACAAUGUCCGCUUUUCAUUGAUGAUGAAGGUGCCAACCACUGGAAAGCUCUAACAUUUUACAAAGCAAUGUAUGAAAAGAAACCAAGAUAUACAUAUUUAUAAUGAAAACAAAAAAGCUACUGAUGCUAACCUGCACUACAUUCUUCUUCAUAUCGUCGUAUUUCAAAAGAAGCAUUUUAUUGAUGAACUGAAAACAUUUCAAUGUAUUAGACGCCUUAGUGAUUUUUUUUCUAUUGGUAACCAGGUAGAGUGAAAUAUAAAAAAAGUGAUAUCUUUUUCUAACUUGUGUACUAUGCUCUUCUCCGAUUCUAUUCUGACACCCAUGCAACUGUCUGCGUUGAUCUUCCACUUCAAACGCCUUGUUUAUGGUCAAAUUCACAGCUUGUUCAGCAUUAUUUUUUUUUUCUGAAGAGUGGAUGUGGUGUUACAAAAAACAAGAUUUAAAUAAUGCUAUCCGCGAUGUGCCCAGGUAGACCGUACACUACAUUGUAACAUGUAGUCAAGUAUUUUGCAGAUGUUAGCUGAUUUCCUGCCAAAUGAGUCAAUGAAACCAAGUACCGCUGCCUCUUCUGGCAGGGAAACAGGUAAAUGGAGUAUUUUUAUUUUGUGUACAUAUUGUAUGACAAUGUUCUUUAUUUGUUACAGCUAUGCACUGUAAAUGCCGCCUUCUUUUCAAUACUUAAUACUUUUUCUUAAUCAAAAAUAUUCAAAUGUAAUUAUUUAAGGUGAUAAUGCCUAUUGUAUACUAAUCUAUUUAGGAAGCCAACUUUAUGCUUAUAUAUAUUUAAUUGUAAAACAAAAAAGACAGUGUGUGUGAUUUUCUUUUUUUGGGUGCACAAAUAAUGCAUUAACCGUUUGGUUGCCAAAAGGUUAAUUACAGUCAUCUCUUUUUUCGGUGAGCUUCCAUAAGUGUUUUGUGAAGGUUUAUACUGGCCUUUAAGCGUAUUAGUCGCAUGGACAGGACGUUUCCACAUCUCCUUUAAGUGUUUCCAUUUGAAGUAACUCAUGGUCAAUCUAACUCAAAACCGAACAUCUCAGUGGUCUUUAUUAAGCGUCUUGUUAAAGUCAGUAGUGACUCUUCUUUUUAUUUUAUUUAUAUGUCGAAAAAUGGAUUGUAGAAUGUAAUUACUUCACAAAAGGCUGUUGUGGGCUUUUUUAUUUGUUUUAAAGGAAACUGGUGGGUAACUCACCAUCGUAUACUUUUGUGUAGUAAAUCAGUCUUUAUGUCUAAACACUGUUUUUAAUAAGCCAGUAAUUUUUAUCUCCAUGGCACUACUGAGUAAUGGCAUUCGUCAAUAUUUUUACAGCAAUGCAUCCUUUUCGACUACUGAUAUUUCAUUCCUUUAUUUGCUGAAAACAUCUUGAUCAGUUUAUUAUCUUAUUUAUUAUGAUAAUACGUUGAAUAUAAAAAAUAUGGCCAGUGAAAAGAUACGAUAAGGAUGCUUUACAUUCUUAUAUGGUUAUAAAAAAAAUCUUCUGUUGCUAUAAACUGAACACAAACCAUAUUUGUGGCUUAACACAAGACCACAUUGUUUUAAGGCAUUGCUUUGGUACAGUAUAUAGAAAAGUGAUAUAUUUGGUUUUCAUAUGAACAAGGAGCUUUUAUAUGGAAUCAUUUUAUUGACUACAUAAAGCUUUUUCUCUAUUGGUAGAACAGAUGAAUCGAUUGAGCUAUCCCAUUCACAGCAAUGCAAUCUUCUCAAACACAAGUGGAAUUUCUGAUUACAAAUAGAACCAUUAAAUCAUGGCUGAUUAAAUCUUGGUCCUUGUGUUGUCCAUAAAAUACAGUUUUACAUUGAAAUAUUUUUUCAUUGUUGUUUUUCCUAGAUCAUAUUUAAAAAGAAUUUAAAAAAUGCAGGAUCAUGAUACUAUUACACAAAUUUAUAGAAUCAUUUAGAAUCAAUUAGAUCUAUAAAAAAAUUUCUUAGUAUACUGUUGUUCUGAUACAUAUCAGUUCCAUUUUAAGAAAACUGUUAAUAAUGUUGACAUCCAUUUUACAUUAUCUAAUAUUCACAACCCAACAUCUAUUAUUUUGUCAUAAGCUUGGAUAGGUCAAAUAUAAUAUGACAUUUUUAAUUCCCAUUGAUAUAUAUUUAAGUUUGUGAGAAUCAACAUUUGAAGUUAUUAUUAGUCAACUGUUGGUUCAAUGUUAGAUCUAAGCAAAAUCAACAUUUGUUUCCAACAGAAGAAUGCUAAAUGUUCAACAUUUGUUUAGAAUGUAUGUCUGCAACCAGCAUUCAUCAUUUUUGACAAAUGCACUGAAAGUUUUGCCCAAACUCGAUUCAUAAAUAUGGCAUGACCUUUUCUUCUUUUGGCAAAAGGAAGAAACAUAUACAAAAAAACCCCAAAAAACAUCCAAAGCCAAUGCAAUGUAGUGAAACAUGCAAUCAUUGCUCACCAGCAUAUUUUGUUCGGAGAUUCCACUGUCUGUAGUACCGGAAGUUUGCUUAAUUAUUUGACUUCUUAUUUAAGUAGAUAGAUAGCAAUAAAAAAGCUCUUUUCACGGGUUCUCUGUUAAACCAUUAACAGCUUUAAUCCGUGUAACUGUUAUGAUGUAGUUAAAAAUGCAGGUAUUUUAUCUUGUUUAAUUAUGUGAACGCCAAACUAAAGUUUACAGAAUGUUUUCUUUCUGAAUUUAAGUCUCUUUUGUUGUAAAAAAAAGUAUAUAUUAAAGCAAUAAAUUAUUUUUAAGAAAUCAAUGUUUAGUAUAUCAUAUUAUGUUUUUAAAUACCAGAUGCAUUACCUAGUUUGCCUUUUAAAUUUAUGUGAUGAAAUGUUAAAUACAUUCUAUUUUUGCCCUGUAUUGCUGAUAUGAAUUAAAAAAAGAUUGUGUGAUUUAAUUCUCACUAAGAACACACUAUAUCAUUGUUGAUCUUUUUUCUUUUUUUUUUUCCUUUUUUUUUUCUUUUUUUGGCAGACCUUACAAUAAUUCUUACCUAUAAGUUACUGUUUCCUCUGUUGUAUAGAAAUAAUAUAUACAUAUAUAAAUAUAUAUUUAUUUUUGGGGCAUUUAAAAAAAAUGGGAACAUAAUUUAUGGCUACAAAAUGUUUAAAUAGUAUUUUUUAAGAUGACUGCAUCAAAUUAUAUAUAUAAAAAAAUACUGUACCAUUUAAAAGCUGUAGGAAUUUUUUCAUCACUAUCCACUACUAGAUUAUUUUUUUACAUAUACAUAUAUAUAGGGUCUGCUUCAGCUUGUUUCUAGUUGUAAAUUAUACAGCUGCUUCCUUUGUGACAGAAGAGGGUGACUUAAACACUUUGUAAUUGACAAAAUUAAACUUCAGAUGUAGCUUAAUAGUAGGAAUAGAUUGUACUAAAAUAUGUUGCCAAAGAAGGAAGCACAGAAAUGAAAUAUUAAACAAAUUAGAGUGAUUAAUAAAAAUAUAUAUAUUGGUCCAUUGAAAAAAUAAAAGCACUUCAUCCUUUUUAGAUUUAAGUAAUGAUUUUAUGUGUCCAUUUUUGAUGUUUGUUAUGAGAAUUUGAAUCGCUGUACUUUAAAAUUGAACCAAUAAAUGACCUAGAAUAGCCAUACAAAAAAAUGUGGUGAUUUAAAUCCUGUACCUGUGUGACAGCCGUUAUCAAUAAUCCAUAACUGAUCAGAUUAAGCUACUGUAAGGUUUGUAGGUGUAAGUGUAAUUAUGGUGAUAAACCAUACUUAACAGCAAAUCAAGAUUAUGUUUUGCCCCACUGGGACAAGUUUCCACCUGACAAUUUUACAUGUACUGUGGUUUUAUUCAUUGUAUUAAAAUUCCUGUGAUUAUUUUUUUAAUGUGCAGAACACAUUGGCCUCACUGAGCUAAUAAAGGGAAACAAUUGUUUCAAAUUCAAA